GUCGUAAUGCCGGACAUUGGGACUGUGGAUGUGCAGGCAUGCCGAAAUGCGCUGGCUUACGAAAGCCCCACAGAGCUUCUGUUGAGCAUCUGGGGAUCGAAAGGCAACACAGUUAUCCAGCUCUACAACUGUCUUGCUCGAGCAAAACUUGUCCGUGCAAUGAAAGUACUGCAUUGCUUUGUGGAUGCACGCUAUCAUCGCUGGGAAUGGGAGUGCUUGCAGUUGAACGAGGAAGACAACAGAAGGAUGCUUCCUGAUACCGCCACAUCGCCAGCUGGGUCAGAUGGUAUUGUUGCUCGAUGUUUUGAUGAGCCGUCAUCGUGGAUGAGUGCGAAGCCUGAUCGUCCAGGCUGGUUGCAUCCGGAAAGCAGCGAUUUUACGGAAUCUCGCGUCAUAUACUCAACCCUGCAGAACACACCAUGUAUAAGCUACAGUGAAAUCGCGAAAAUCACUAGCAGUUUUUGCGCAAAUAAUAUUAUUGGAAAGGGAGGCUAUGGGACAAUUUACAAGGCAACAUGGGAACAAACAGAGGUUGCGGUGAAACGGAUCCAGGCUUCCGACCACUGUGGUUCUGAGAAGGAACAAAUAAGCCAGAGCUUACAAGAGUUGAGAACAUUGUCGAAGUAUCGGCAUGAUAAUAUAUUGCCGUUAUAUGCGUAUUCACUUGAUGGGCCCGAACCGUGUCUGCUCUAUCAGUACAUGGCAAAUGGCUCUCUGUUCGAUUUUGCGGUAAAGCCAAUAAUCCAUGGUGACGUGAAAUCAGCCAAUAUUUUACUGGACAAAUACUUCGAGCCAAAACUAGGUGAUUUUGGGUUAUGUCGCGAUCACUUCUCAAAAGAUGAAUCGCACGAUGGUGACUUUCUAAUUGCUUCAAGUGUCAAGGGCACAUUGGCCUAUCUCCCGAGAGAAUUUCUAACAGAUAGAAUAGUAAGCCCGAAAAUUGAUGUAUACGGCUAUGGAGUGGUUUUAUUGGAAGUUGCUACAGAGCUGAAAGCACAUGUUUCCAAUCGCGAACCACAGAAUUUGGUGGAAUACAUUACAACUAGUGGAGAAAGCUUAGAAGAUAUGAAAGAGAAGCAAAAUACUCUAACAGGUGCAAAUUCUAUGUAUUUCGAGUUGCUUCUGAACAUCGGUUUAAAAUGCGUCGUGGAUGAUUACUCCAAAAGACCGCCAUUCAGCGAAAUCAUCGAUAUGCUUUUAUCUGUGGGGAGCGAUGCUCGUUGUACUGUUUUGAUGAAAUACUAG